AAUAAUAAGGCGAUUAGAUUAGAAGAGCGGGAAAGCGGGUAGUUAGUAGAUAAUUCCAUCCUCUGCGUGCGAUGAUUAGAGAAAAAAUAAUACACUUCUAAUUACCUUCUAAAUCGGCGUGCCAUUUAAAUACUACUAGUGUUGCUAGGCUUCCCUCACCUCACCUCACCAUUCCUCCCGUCCCCUUCCUCUCCCUCCCUCUCUAUCUUCUUCUUCUUCCCCAGUCGCGGGGUGCGCGGAUUCGGGCGAGGAGCACGUCCAUGGCGGUCGUCGCCGGGUUCUCCAUCAGGGGGUACGCGGCGAGCAUGAGGGGCGGCGCGGCGGCGGAGGGGAGGAGGCUGUUCGGGGUGGAGGAUCUGCCGCCGAUGGACGCGACGAGGUUCAGGUGGUGGGCGGACGAGCUGGCCGCCGCGGCGGCGGUGGCGGAGCCCCCUCCUCCGCCUCCGUCUCCGUCCCGUUCUCCUUCUCCGCAGCCGAAGCCGUCGAGGAGGACGCUGGGGAAGGCGAGGGCGCCGAAGAAGAGGUCCAUCUCGGAUCUCUUCGCCGCGGCGCCUCCCUUCGCUCUCCCCCGCGCGGCCGAUUCGGGCGGCGGAAACGAGGCGGAGGACGACGAGGCGCUGUGCGCGAUCAUGCGGCGCACCAGGGAGCAGAAGAGGAAGCGGAGGCUGGAGGAGGCGGCGGCAGCGGCGGCGGCGGCGGAGGCGCGUGAAUCCGAGGGGAAUUUCCCCAGAAAGGAAACACAUGACGAGAUACAUUUGCCUGGUGGAUUGGAUACUCCUCAGGCAUCAAAGAAACCUGGUAGUGUACAUCAUGCAAGAACCAGUGAAGAAAGGUGUCCAGACUUAAAGAGAAGGAAGAAGGUAAAGAUCACUAGCUUAGAGAAGAAGAACAACAAUAAGAUUGAUAAGAAAAGGAACAGCGAGAGUAGAAGGGCUACCAAGGUGGGGAAACAGCAUGACCUGAAGAAAAUGCUUCCUUUGCACAGUAUUCUGAAGAAAUACACAAAGCACACAUCCGUCAAAAUGGUCAAGGAGAAACAUGGUGACACAAAAGGCACAGAAGUCAUUGAAGUCUGCCGCAAAUCAGUGAAGCGUGUCAAAUUCUCAGAAGUUAAUGAUGUACUUGGCAUUAACAAGCAAAGUAUCUGCAAGCUGUUCUCGGAUGCUUUGGCUUCAUCAUCGUCAUCAUCCACGGACAUGUCCAGUGAAGGGGACAAGAACAUAGCUGCAGAAAGUAGUAGUUCUCAUAUGCCUGAGAAAGCCUUCUCUAAGGAAGCAAGCAAGAAUACAGAUCAUGAGGGUUCUCUUGAGCUUACUAGCACAGAGUUGUCUUCUAACUUGAUUGAUCUGAAUGAGGCACUCCCAGAAUCCACUGAUUUGAACUACCCAUAUGUGUCAGAUUCCGAGGUACAAAAUCCUGAGCCUACACAGCUUGACUCUGAUGUACAAGUUAUUCAUGAAGGCAGGCAAAACCGGCAGGACCUGUCUUUUGAUUCACAUGGACUGGAAUGCCAGGCCCUUCCUGAGUCUAGCUUAGGAAGAGCUAGGAAUUCUAUAUCGUCAGGUACAUUUUUGCGCAGUGAGUUGAUGGAAGUUUCUGACACAGAUAUUGUUGGUCCUUCACUGAAGUUGACAGGAGACCUUGCUGAGUCUCAUGGUGAUUGCAGCAGUGGUUCGGUUAAAGAUGCUACGGCGAAGGGACAGUCAACUUGUGUGUUGCCCACUCGUACAGUUCAAGACUCACUUCAGCAGCACCAAAAGUGUUACUCCUUCAAUCUGAAUCUUGAUGACAUCCAGCUUUCCAGUGAAGGGGAAUUUCCUCUUUGUCAACCUCGAGAGUGUAAUGCAUCAAGCAGAGUGGGUUCAAGUGUUCAUUCUGGAAUGGGCGUGCAGCAGGAGUGCAGGCCUUCUGCAGGACAAACUGUGCGUCUUAUGGGCAAAGAUCUUGCAGUAUCUACAACCAGAGGAGAGUAUUUGGCUGAGAUGGCACAGGAACAAACACAUUCCUAUACUGAAGGCCAUUCCACAAAAUUGUUCUUGGAAUUGCCACGAGAAGGCCGACCUUAUCUCUCUUUACAGGCUCAAAGUUUUCCCAAUGUUCCAGCAAAUUCUGCAAGCUCAAGUCAAUCACAUAUCAGGUACACAGCCCCACAUAAUUCCAGCCAGCCAUUCUCCACUGCUAAUGCAUUAUCUGGAGAUCGGUUCAGCUACUUGUCAGACUCGCGGCCUCAUGGAAAUGUUUUGCUGGGGAGUCCAUCUCGUACAAAUCAUGGUAGUACAGCGCUCCAUCAGAAUACGUCAUCUCUUUGGCUUCGUUACUCUGAUCUUUCAUCUAGGACGGCAUCACCAUCGGCACCCAUUUUGCCUACAACUGCACAGCAUGUGUCACCACCAUCUUCAGUUUAUCAUGGUAAUUUGCCUCGGUCAUAUGGUGUGAUCUCAGCUGGAUCAUCGAUGCAUCCCCACAUCUCUGCCGGCUUUACAUUCACUCAUCCAGUCCAGAUGGCUGAAGAAGCUUCUGACAGUAGAAGAGGUGCAGCCCUUCCAUCUAGAAAUGCAGAAAGUGUUACUGCAAGAGCUUCCAUUCCUGAUAUAUCCAACUCUUCCUCUGGUGGCCGGUAUGUGCAAAGAACUGGUCCGAUGAAGCUCACUCCUGGGGCCAAGCAUAUCCUGAUGCCGAGUGAAACUACAGGGGAUGGCACCUCCAUGCCAGUGUAUUCCCGUGUUUCCUUCGGAAGCAGGAGAGGAAAUGUUUCAGCCACUCAGAACAUGGGAGCAGAACUAUACAAGUUAUAGCCCAAAUGCUUAACUUGAACAUGUAUUUUCUGAGCUGUUGCCGAGGAGUAAGCUGUUCAAGGAGUUGAAGAUGGUGGAGAAGCAAUAGACCGUGGACGGUAAUGGGCAAGACACAGCGUAACGUCUGGAGGACAUAUAGCAAGAGGCAAACAGAGAUCGAGAUGACUUUGUGGAUCAAAAUGCAAAGACACUUUCAGAUACCCCUGCUUGCCGUCCCUAGCUUAACUUAGAAGUCUUGCAGCACUUAACUUUGUUAAUUCUUCGCCUUAAGAGAGAUGACAGAAAAAAAAAUGCAGGCAGGCUUGAAUGUGAAGGACAUGUGCUUGUUAAUUUAUUUUCUGAAUCAUAUACCUGGAGAAUUGGGGGGCUCUAGUUAGAGUGGGUAAAGGCAUAGGCUCGUCGAAAAAGUCGGUGUCUGGUACAAUGGUGUGUGUGGUGUGGCAUCCGUAAGCUAUGCCUAAAGGGAGGUCGUGUGCCUCUUUUUGCAUCCCUACCAAAUUUUGCUUUUUGAAUGGAUGGGGUUUAGAGUGUUGGACACAAAUCUCUUCAGAUUUUGGUUGGGACCUACGUGACAUGUGUAGCAGUUUCCUUGCCAAUUCGAAGAAGUUGUGUCUGAUGCACUCGCUAAAGGUCUUUGGAAAUU